CAUCUGCUAUGGUCCUGUUUCCAGCCCUGCCUCCUGCUGCUGGACUCUUGGAACAAAGUCUCAGGGUGGAUUCCAGAUCUGCAUCUUUUCUUGUAUGUGCCCAUCAGUGGACCUAGUUACCACCAUCCUGAUCAGCCCAUUCACUUUGAAUUCUGUGGGACUGGAGGACUACGCCUUGACUGUUGAAGUCACCCUCUGCUGAAGUCAUCCUUGGCUCCCAGCUUGUCAUCCCUUAAGGAGCAGACCAACUCUUGCUGUUCCCUGGCAGCCUGCACUGAAUGGACAAUACCUAUGAAAAAAUCUGUGAUGUUAUCAUGCCCUUACUGUGUUCAUGUUAGCAGUGAAUCCAUGCUACCUGUUACCACCAUGCCCUAAUGCAACCAGGAAAUGGAAUUGCUGCCAGGACUGGUGGAGCACAAACCAGGUGAUGUAUUGUGAUGCCAGCAGUGAUGAGGCCGAGUUCUUCCAAAGCACCCUGCAUGUUAUGACAACUUGCUGCCUCACAUACACGUGAUCACAUACCACUUCUCUUCAUAUCAUCGCUCCUUAAAGAAACUCGAGCAGGGAAACCAUAUCAUCAAGACUGUGCCUGAUGUUGCUGCUAAUCAUGGAUUUCUAGUGCUGAGAGAAUUCCAGUAGGCUCCGCACAACGGACUAGCACACUCAUGCCCUCUCUUUUCUUAGACAUAAAUGGAUUGACCUAAGUGAAACAAGGCAAAAUGAAUAACAAGUUUGAUUUUAAGACCAUCAGUUCAAGUCAAGCCUCCGCUAUGGGUGACCUUCAGAGACUUCUUAGCCAAGGAGAAUAUCCUCCUUUUACCUCUGCUCCCAUCUUUGAGAGCAAGUUUGUCCAGGUUAAUCGAAGAGGGGAACCAAUUUCUAUCCAUAACCGAGCCAGCUAUGUGACCAUUGGCAUCUGUGCUGCCAAUCCCAGUUCACCAAUGCCCAAUGCGAUGCUGGUAGCGCACGAGGUGCCCAUGUCCCCACACGAAAGUAUGACAAGCUUCUGGAAAAUCUCAGAGCAGCCAUCCGAAAUGGAACAUCUAGCACUUACCAGGUUCUUCCCCUUGAAGUUUGUGGAACUCUCUGUCCACAGCACAGAUAAGCACCUCCUCAUGUUAAAAUUAGUAAAUGGGCGUUCCUAUUAUCUAGAGCUCAGUGCCCCUCCAGACCAGCAACAAUACCUAUUCCACCUCUGGCUGCAGCUCAUCUGUCUCCUGAAACCCCCAGAAAAUACCAAAAAUACCGAAGUCAAUGUAAAACGCAAGGAUUUUGGGAUGUGUUACAAGAAAGAUCCCAGCCCAAACGGCCCACCAGAAAAUAGGGACAACCCACAAGAUGUGCCUAAGCCCAAAACAGAGGAAGAAGAAGUUACUAAACAAACCUCCUCCAAUCAAGUUCCCCUCUCAGGUACAGUGGAUCCCACAGAAGAGAGUGGAAGGACAGUGGAACCCUUCCACAGCUCCCUGAAGCCACCCAGGCAAGAAACCACCAUGCAGCCAAAUAAUAUAGUUCCUCUGGAUACAAAGAAGAGCAAAAGCCCAGAAAAGAGGAAAACUAGGACAAAUCAAACAAAGCAAAAAAGUGGAAAAAAAUUACAGACAUCAGGAAAUCAAAAAAAUGGCAGUAAGUCAAAUAGACUGCUUCAGAUAUUAUCCCAGGUGAUUAGUCCAUAAGAAGGAAUAAAAGAAAAUAAAGCAAAGCAUCCUGGACAUCAGAUGCAGUUGAAACAAGGAAAAGAUGUACACACAGAAGAAAAAAUUCCCCUAUAGACUUCAGUUCCAUUCAUAACGUCUUACUACUGUACAAUGAACUAUUACUGAAAUACAAACUCUGUAUUCCUCUGUAUUAGUUCACAACUAGCAAAAACAAAUAAAAUUUGA